AUGUCAGCGUCCAUCUUUGCCCCAGCCCUUCCUGCCCUCAGGCCUUGGUCCUGCAUCCAAGCGGGCAUCCUGUUCCUGAACCAGGAGGUGCCCAGGGAGUUAUUGGAAUUUCUGAGGCUCCGGCACUUCCCCAGCGACCCCAAGGCCAGCAGCUGGGGCUCCCUGGGGGAGUUCCUGCCUAGCGACAGCAGCCCACAGCUGCAGCACCGGCCUGUCGUGAGCUUCUGUGUGGACCCCUAUAUUUGCGCACCCUCCCCAGAGCCUCUGCCCAACAUGGUGGUGAAUGGUGUGUUCCAAGGCCUCUACAGCAUCGGCAUCGGCACCAGCCCAUCUAAAGCCCAGCCAGAGGCAGCCUGUCACCUCGCUCCCCUGCCCCCGACGCCCUGA